GGCGGGCGGUGGCGGCGGCGCAGUCGUGCGGCGGCGCCGGGAUGAACGGGACGGGACAGGGGCUGUGCGGGCUCGGCGGGGGGCUGCCGGCCGGGGCCCGCCCGCUGGUCAGCGCCGUCAUGUUCUCCGCCGGGCUCUUGGGCAACCUCCUGGCCCUGGGGCUGCUCCUGCGCUGCCGCCGCGGCCCCCGCGCCCACCCGCUUUCCCUCUUCCACGUCCUGGUGCUGGCCCUUGUGGUCACCGACCUCCUGGGCACCUGCUCCGUCAGCCCCUUCGUCUUGGCUUCCUAUCACCGCAACUGCACCCUGGUCACCCUGGCCAAAGGAGAAUACAUCUGCUUCUACUUUGGUUUCGCCAUGAGCUUCUUCAGCCUUGCCACCAUGCUCAUCCUCUUUGCCAUGGCGGUGGAGCGAUGCCUGGCCCUGGGGCAGCCCUACUUCUACAACCGCUUUCUCAGGCCCCGCGUGGGGUUUGUUGCCCUGCCCGCCAUCUACACCUUCUCUGCAGCCUUCUGCUCCUUGCCGCUGAUGGGCUUCGGGCAGUACGUGCAGUAUUACCCUGGCACCUGGUGCUUCAUCCAGAUGCAUGGGAGCUACUUCCAGAAUAAUGGUGCCGAGGAGGUGUCUGGGUCGGACAUCACCUUCUCGCUGCUCUACGCCACCCUGCUCCUCCUCCUCAUCCUCUCCGUGCUGCUCUGCAACCUCAGCGUCAUCGUCAACCUGGUCGGCAUGCAUCGCCGUGGGCAGAAGACCCGCCGGCUGGCCACGCUCGAACAGCCCCGAGUGGCCGGUGGUGGCAGCCGAUGCAUGUUCUCCAUGGCCGAGGAGAUCGACCAUCUCCUUCUCCUCUCCAUCAUGACCAUCACCUUUGUCAUCUGCUCCCUGCCGAUCACGAUCUGCGCCUACAUGAACAAGUUCAGCCAGACAAACAACAGCCUCAGCUGGGACCUCCUAGCCCUGAGGUUUCUCUCUAUUAAUUCCAUCAUCGACCCUUGGGUCUUUGCCAUCCUGAGGCCACCAGUCCUGAGGUUCAUGCGCUCCAUGCUGUGCUGCCAGGUAACCCCCGUGAGCCAGGACAGACGGACUCCAUCCCCCGCAAAGACAAAAGUGGCAGCACGGCUGGACCCCAGUGGGCAAUAGAACCAUCAGCCUGUCCAGGAGACAUCUGCCAGCCUGGGGUGAAGCGCAACCCUGGCAGAUGUUAAUGAAGCUCUGCCUUAUGGCCCAUAAAGAGACGUAUCUGCUGCAGAUACGGGUGGCCUGGCCAGGUGUCACUGCAUGUCUGGGAACCCCCUGCAAAGCCAGCGUGGUCUCUCACAGGGCAGAAAACACAGUGGGGCAGGAUUGGAGGGGCUGAUGAGUACCUGGAUAUUGCUGUCACCCUUAGAUGGGUUGCUCCCGCCCAGCAAAGGGUGCAGGCCGUGUUCGGCCACGCUGCGGGAGGGUCGGGGGGUGAAGAGUGGAGAGCUUUGCUGUAACACUACUGCUGUGGGGCAGUGUUGGGGAGCGGAGCUUCCUGCUGCUGUGCUUCCCAGCAAGGUCCCCGUGGUCGUUCAGGCUGAAGGCAGCCGUGCAGGCAGGGGUACGGGACCCAGACGUGGGGCUGGGUGGUGACCGCUGCUGCAAGUGCCUAUCUAUGCCCCCAGAUCCCUAGAGAUAGGGUAGGAGAGGAAGGGAGCAGUGUAUCCCCAAAUAUUCCCCUUUAUUUUCUGGAUAAAGUAGCCUGGGUGCCUAAAAAAAUGCACUUUAUCAGGUGUAGGUUUGUGUGCAUGUGUCUGUCUGUCUGUUCCCUGUCCCCAGAGAUUUUACGUGCCGGUGGGUGCCAGCCCAACAUGUCUGAGGGGCACCAGGACAGAAAAAAAGCCAAAUUGUGGCACUUCCUUUGCGCUGUGAUGGCCAGCGGAGCUGUGUGGCCCCUCCUGAACACCCAUUUGCAAUUUUCCUUGCCCUGUAGUUUGUGCAGGAGCCAACAAGGGGGCUAAAGACCCCGCUGGGGGAAUGGGAGGUUUCGGUCACAGCCAUGAGCUUUACUGACGUCCAGGGUGAUGCCGCUGAUGGGUUUUGGGUUGGCACAGGGGAGGGCUCAUCCUCCUGGGCUGCCUGACCAAGAGCCUUUGCUCAUCCUCCUGCCAGCCUGGACCAAACCUGCUUAGGGGCAUCGUUUCUCUAGAGGUUUUAUUUGGAAAAAAAACCCAACCCAACCAAAAAAAAUGAACAAAACCAAAAAGCCCAAGCGUGAAAACAUCCUGGUCGUCAGUCCUGCUCUAUCGGGCAGCAUCCUUCAGUGCCACUAUUUUGUUUUGUGGGAUGUGCCUUUUGCUCCUCGGGGCUCUGGGCUGGUCCCCACCAGGGGAAGGAGCAUCCGACCCCAUGGGUGAGCUGGGUUUGUCCUGAGGCCAUCGCUGCUGUUAGGGAUUGCUGGGAGGGCUCGUGGGUCCUGUUUUUGCAGGAUCCAACAGUGUCGUGCUCUUGCAAGCAGAGUGUCUUGUUGUCCGUUUGAGAGCUGCAGCUCAGCUCAGAAAGCCCAAAGGUGCCAAGAUUUGGAGUUUUUCUGUGGUUCAUUAGUUGAGGUGAUGUAACAAAAUAUAUUAUUAUUUAAAUAAUAAACGUCUCUCAAAGGA